AUGCUAUGGGUGAUAAUAUGGUUUCCACAGUUUAUAUGCUAUGAUGCUAAAUGCACCAUCAGCAAUCUUAGUAUUAAAUACAAGUCUUAUCAUUCAGGCGAUCUCAUCAUUGGUGGCAUUAUAUAUCUGAUUUACAUAAUGUCUAACCUGAUUACCUUCAGAACAAUUCCAUCCGAAGAAUUUCUUGAUGAUCCUGUUUAUUUCAUGGCAACAUGGACCUACCUUGCUUCUAUGGAGCUUCUUUCUUCACAAGGCAGAUUUGUUCCCAACUAUAAAUGCAACGUUGACCGAAAUGCAGUUUGUAUUAUUGCAGGACCCAAUUCUUUUAUCAGUCAGGUUGUGGAAGACAUCUUGAGCAUUUACAAAAUUCCACAGCUCACAUAUGGCUCAGCUCCAGUGAUCGAUAACAUGUUUCAUACAGCUUUCUUUCAUCAGAUGUUUCCAAAUGAACACCUCCAGAUUAUGGGGAUCCUCCAGUUGUUGCUACAUUUUAAGUGGACCUGGGUUGGGGUGAUUUGUCAAGCAAAUGAGAUUGGUGAAAGAUUUUUGAGGCAAGUUCUGAUCCUGUUUUCAGAAAAAGGAAUCUGCUUUGAUUACAUUGAAGAGCUUGUGCUAGAAGUUUUCUCAAGUGAGCUGGAAGAGAAAAUGGAUAACUUUCUUAAAAUAUACGAAACCAUGAUGACAAGUUUGUCCAAUGUGGUGGUUAUGUAUUGUGAAAACCAGAUCAUGGUUCUUUUCAGAAUGAUGUCCUCUGUUUCAGAAUAUUUAGAUACACGAGUUGAGCGAAAAGACAAAGUCUGGAUUUUUCCAGCCCAGAUGGAGUAUACUUCAGUUCCAUUUCAAAGAGAUUGGAGUAUGGACAUCAUCCAUGGGGCUCUUUCUUUUGCAGUUUCAUCAAAAGAAUUAUUAGGAUUCAAUAGAUUUUUUCAGGCAAGAAACAGUGUUAUAGAAAUUGAAGAGAGUUUUUCGAAGAUCUUUUGGGAACAAGCCUUUGGAUGUUUCUUCUCAAAAUCCACUUUAAGCCCAGAGCCGGAGAAACGGUGCACUGGAAAAGAGAAUCUGGAUGAUCUUCCAGACUCUGUUUUUGAACUGAGCAUGACUGGGCAAAGCUACAGUAUCUACAAUGCAGUCUAUGCUGUGGCACAUGCUCUCCAUGCAAUGCUUACACCCCAUUUCAAACACAGAGCAAUUGCUGCUAGAAGGAAACAGAAGCUUCUCAAUCCUCAAGUGUGGCAGCUUCAUCACUACCUGAGAAAAGUAUCAUUUAACAACAGUGCUGGAGAAAACAUUUUCUUUGACCAGAAUGGAAAAGUUGCAUCUGGCUUUGAUAUUAUCAACUGGGUCACCUUCCCAAAUCAAUCCUUUCGUAAGAUCAAAGUUGGAAAAGUAAAUCCAUCGACUCCACUUGAAAGCCUUCUCUCUCUAUCAGCAGAUAACAUUGUAUGGCCCAACCUUUUCAACCAGUCUCAACCUCCUUCUUUGUGCAACAAUCCCUGCGCCUUGGGUUACAGUAAGAUCAAAAUAGAAGGGAAGCCAUUUUGCUGUUACAAAUGCCUUCGUUGUCCAGAAGGGAAAAUUGCCAACCAGACAGAUUCAGAUGACUGCUUCCCGUGUCCUGAAGAAAGUUAUCCCAACAAGGAUCAGAUUGUUUGCAUAAAAAAACGCACAACUUUCUUGUCUUACAAAGAACCCCUGGGAAUCAUCUUGACCACUGUUGCUUUCUUCUUUUCUUUCAUAUCAACUGUGGUGUUGGGGAUCUUCAUUAAACACCAGGAGACUCCCAUUGUCAAAGCCAACAACAGGAGCCUCACCUACAUUCUUCUCAUUGCUCUCCUGUUCUCUUUCCUUUGCAUUUUGCUUUUCAUUGGGCAACCUAACCAAGUAAAAUGUCUCUUGAGACAAGCUGCUUUUGGCAUCAUUUUCUCUGUGGCCCUUUCUUGCAUAUUGGGCAAAACAAUCAUAGUGGUUCUUGCUUUCAUGGCAACCAAGCCAGGCUCUAAAAUAAGGAAAUGGGUAGGGAAAAGAUUAGCCAACACUAUUGUGUCAUCUUGCUCCCUGGUACAAAUCACCAUUUGCAGUGUGUGGCUGGCAAUUUCUCCCCCAUUUCCAAAUUCAGACAAGCAUUCCAUGGCUAGAGAAAUAGUUCUGGAAUGUAAUGAAGGUUCAGUCAUCAUGUUUUAUAUUGUGCUAGGAUUUAUGGGGUUCUUGACCUUUAUCAGCUUCACUGUGGCCUUCCUAGCCAGGAAAUUACCAGAUAGCUUUAAUGAAGCCAAAUUUAUAACUUUCAGCAUGUUUGUUUUUUGCAGUGUCUGGAUGUUGUUUGUCCCCACCUAUCUAAGCACCAAGGGAAAGUACAUGGUAGCUGUAGAGGUCUUCUCCAUUUUGGCUUCUGCAGCUGGAUUAUUGGGUUGCAUCUUUUUCCCCAAAUGCUACGUUAUUGUUCUGAAGCCUGAAUUGAACAGAAAGGAGCAACUGAUAAAAAAACAAAAAUGAACGCCAAGUUUUAUUGUUACUUAUUGAGUAAGCUUCUUACUAAAUCAAGCUUCAUUCUGAUGAACUGCUUACAAUUUGCUAAAGUCAGCUUUAACUUUAAAUUUCUCUUAGCAUUUAAAAGAAUAAUUACUUCCUCCAACUGGAGUUUAAA